CCACCACACUCGCACAAUACACAAUGGGCAAGUCUUCGACCAGAGUUAUCUACAAACAAGACUCGCAGGCGACUGAAGAGUUCAUCGUCAUGGUCGACCCUGAUCAGUACUCAAAGUGGAAGAAUGGAGACACCUCCGUCCCACUUGCACAAGUCGUCGAAACAUUCAAGAUCUACUUCUCCAAUCAAGGAGGACAGGGUCUCUUGACCACAGCAUCCAACCAGCAACUUGACAAUGUGUUCGGCACGCACAAAGACGUCGACGUCGUUGAACAUAUCCUCAAGCAUGGGCGAGAACAGACGAAGUCCACCAAGUCCUCAGGGGGCGUCCACCACAACGUUCGCGGUGUGGGAGAUGGCGGCAGCCGAUAGAGGAUGAUACCUUGCACACCCCUUCUAUUUCGCAUUCGGACUAUUGGAAUUUCCCGUUCUUCCUUGGUUCUUCCGUUAUUCAUGUUUGAUGUAACAUUAGCUGUUGUCAGUACACCCAUUUCAGACGUUUCCUUCACGAGUUCUUUCAAUGAUCCUUGAAAACGUUGUAUUCC